CUGUCUGUAUCCUCAAGCCGACGCCAUUACCACGCCACCGGAUCGAGAAACUGUCAGAGUUCGUUCUGUGAAAUUUUUUCGUGUAAUAACAAGAGUUCUUUGUUAUUGUGUUAAAUUUAUUUAUUAACCAAAACAUAACAAGAUGGCAGAUGAAAAAAAGGGAGAAAGUGAACAUAUCAACUUAAAAGUAUUAGGUCAAGACAAUGCCAUUGUUCAGUUCAAAAUAAAGAAACAUACUCCACUCAGAAAGCUUAUGAACGCUUACUGUGAUAGAGCGGGUCUAUCAAUGCAAGUAGUACGAUUCAGAUUUGAUGGACAACCAAUUAAUGAGAAUGACACGCCAACAUCACUAGAAAUGGAAGAAGGUGACACAAUAGAAGUGUACCAGCAGCAAACUGGAGGCAUCUUAGUGUAAAAUAUAUUUAAGGAACUAUCUAAUGUCAGUGGGAGAUCGUCAGGGUGUUGCCCAUCUCAGAACUUAACAUUAAGUUAACUUUAAUAACAUUUGUAUCUGUAUUCUAAGACGUGGAUCUUUUGUGAUGAGCAUGAUUUUCCCGCAACAGUUCAUCCCUUCAGUGGUGUUCAUCACAAAACAUUUACGGUGGUCAAAUUUUGAGGUAAACCAAAUAUUCUAGGUAGCUUCAACAUGAUUCCAUUGUGAUAAUUUAAGUUGACGAGUCUUUAGAAUCAACCAGUAUUUUAAAUGCUGAAGCACUUAAGACGUUUCCAUGUUUCUAUGUGUUGAUUGGUAAUUUAUGUGGACUUGAGUCCAUAAUAUGUCUCAGAUCUAUAACCAUUGAUGUACCUUUCAAAUAAAGUAAAUGUAAUAAUA